CUCCCACCAACUGUAUGGCAGAGAGCGUCCGGGUCGCCGUAAGAUGUCGUCCGUUCAAUCAGAGAGAAAAGGACCUGAAUACGACGCUAUGCGUCGGAAUGACUCCGAACGUUGGACAGGUCAACCUGAACGCGCCGGACGGGGCGGCCAAGGACUUCACGUUCGAUGGAGCCUACUUUAUGGAUUCGACCGGCGAGCAGAUUUACAAUGAUAUUGUCUUUCCGCUAGUUGAGAACGUGAUAGAAGGCUACAAUGGCACUGUGUUUGCCUAUGGCCAAACUGGAUCGGGCAAGACUUUCUCCAUGCAGGGCAUCGAAACAAUUCCAGCUCAACGGGGUGUGAUUCCACGGGCUUUUGAUCACAUAUUCACCGCCACGGCUACGACGGAAAAUGUGAAAUUCCUGGUGCACUGCAGCUAUUUAGAGAUUUACAACGAAGAGGUUAGAGACUUGCUGGGCGCCGACAAUAAACAAAAACUGGAGAUCAAAGAGCAACCGGAUCGGGGUGUCUAUGUGGCGGGCCUCUCCAUGCAUGUUUGUCAUGAUGUCCCGGCUUGCAAGGAGCUGAUGACUCGGGGCUUCAACAAUCGGCACGUCGGCGCCACGUUGAUGAACAAGGACUCUUCCCGAAGUCACUCAAUCUUCACGGUAUACGUGGAAGGCAUGACAGAAACCGGAUCGAUCAGGAUGGGAAAGUUGAAUCUGGUCGAUUUGGCUGGAAGUGAGCGGCAGAGCAAGACAGGAGCCACCGGUGACCGUUUGAAGGAGGCCACGAAGAUUAACCUAUCGCUGUCGGCGUUGGGUAAUGUGAUAUCGGCGUUGGUGGACGGAAAGUCGAAGCAUAUACCCUACAGGGACAGUAAGCUGACUAGGUUGUUACAGGAUUCUCUUGGUGGUAACACAAAGACCAUUAUGAUCGCCUGCGUGUCCCCAUCCAGUGACAACUACGACGAGACUCUCUCCACACUUCGAUAUGCCAACCGUGCCAAGAACAUCAAGAACAAGCCGACGAUCAACGAGGAUCCAAAGGAUGCUCUUCUUCGAGAGUACCAGGAGGAAAUCGCUCGGCUCAAGUCUAUGGUUCAACCGGGGGCCGUUGGAGUUGGCGCUCCUGCGCAGGACGCUUUCUCGAUAGAAGAGGAGAGGAAGAAGCUACGGGAAGAAUUCGAGGAGGCGAUGAACGACUUGCGUGGCGAGUAUGAGCGGGAGCAGACGAGUAAAGCGGAGCUACAGAAGGACCUGGAGUCCUUGAGAGCAGACUAUGAAAGGGCUAAUGCGAAUUUAGACAACUUGAAUCCGGAAGAAGCGGCGAAGAAGAUCCAACAGCUCCAAGAUCAGUUUAUUGGAGGAGAAGAAGCAGGCAAUACUCAGCUGAAGCAAAAACGGAUGAAGCAGCUGAAGGAGGCAGAGACUAAAACGCAGAAGUUGGCAGCCGCGUUAAACGUUCAUAAGGAUGAUCCUCUGCUUCAAGUCUACAGUACUACUCAAGAAAAACUUGACGCAGUUACUUCUCAACUGGAGAAGGAAGUCAAGAAAUCCAAAGGUUACGAGCGAGAAAUCGAGGAUCUCCACGGCGAAUUCGAACUGGAUCGUCUCGAUUAUCUAGACACAAUUCGGAAGCAGGACCAGCAGUUGAAGCUCCUUAUGCAGAUUAUGGACAAAAUCCAGCCGAUCAUCAAGAAAGAUACGAAUUAUAGUAACGUGGAUCGGAUAAAGAAGGAGGCGGUGUGGAAUGAAGACGAGAGUCGAUGGAUUUUGCCGGAAAUGUCGAUGAGUCGGACUAUUCUGCCGUUGGCUAAUAAUGGUUAUAUGCAAGAACCUGCUCGGCAAGAGAACACCUUAUUACGGUCUAACUUUGACGACAAACUACGCGAGCGGCUAGCGAAAAGUGACUCGGAAAACCUGGCAAACAGCUACUUCAAGCCAGUGAAGCAGAUCAAUGUGAUCAACAAGUACAAGAGUGAUCAAAAAUUAUCAACUUCCAAAUCGCUAUUUCCAUCCAAGACCCCAACAUUCGAUGGUCUUGUCAACGGAGUCGUCUACACUGAUGCUCUCUACGAGCGGGCUCAAUCUGCAAAACGACCACCUCGACUAGCCUCUCUGAAUCCCAAAUAAUUCGUGUGUACAUUGUGAUGUUUAGAAAUUUGCUGAAUAGUUUGCACGGGUGAUAUCGAGAAUAAAAUUAAUGAAUGUGAGAUCUU